ACGUAGCAUUUUGUGACGAUUGAUGAAAAAUUUGUUGCUUCACGUCAGCCAGUCGGCUAUAUUUUUAAUUAUUUUUCAAAACAACUGCAGCGAAACUACAGAUUUUUUGUGUACUAAUAAUAUUUUACCUUUACAUUACCAUCCAACGAUGGAUUAUAUCGCGUCAGAAAAGGGUGAUACAACAGAAAAUCGGGAUCCUAAUUCUUUAAUAGCAAAUGGCAGCUCAAAGCCAAAUUUAGAAACAAAAUCUAUUGAAAAUGAAGGCCCUCACAUCGAAGCUCCCACUGAGCGUGCGUGCACUUCAGAAUCUGCAGAAGAAUCUGAAGUCUGCGAGAUCCCAGAACAAAUCGAAUUUACUGUAGUUUUUAAUAAAAAUAAACAUGACAUCACAUUUGCAUACGAUGCUACUGUCUUAGAACUUAAAGCUCAUUUAGAGCGAAUAUGCGGCGUUCCCCAAUCUGCUCAAAAACUAAUAAUCAAGGGUAUGGCUAAGGAUAAUGUGACAUUGCGAAGUACUGGUAUAGUCAAAGGUGGGAAAGUGAUGCUUGUUGGAUCAAAAAUGGAUGACAUAUUGGCUGUGAAAAGUGCACCAAAGGAAAUACUUGAAGAAAAGAAUAGUAGUCAGACAAGUAAAGAACCGUUAUGCAUGCAGAAAAUACACAGGAAAGUUCUAGAUAAAGGCAUCCCCCCAGAUGUGAUGCCGGGUAUCAAAGGAGUGAAGGAGCCAUUGCCCCCAGUGCCAUUAAGUGGAAUGUUAAAUAAACAUGGAGGAAAAGUGCGGUUGACUUUCAAACCAGAGCAAGAUCAACUAUGGCUCGGAACUAAAGAGCGCACUGAAAAGCUUGCUAUGACAUCCAUUAAAAGUAUAACAUCCGAACCGAUUAAAGAACAUGAAGAGUAUCAUAUCAUGGGUUUACAGUUGGGGCCAACGGAAGCUUCAAGGUAUUGGGUGUACUGGGUCCCCGCCCAGUAUAUUGAAGCCAUAAAAGAUGCUGUUCUCGGUGUUUGGCAGUUCUUUUAAUACACACUUGUAUCAUAUAUAUCACCUGGAAAGCUACUUGGGUAGUUGCAAUAUAUUUAAAAAUUAUCAAUUGCGUUCGUAACGCCCUAGCACAAAUACGCCAUAAUAAAUACAUAUAAAUAGAUAAAUUUACCAUAUAAAUCUGUGUGCUGGGGCUUGUUUAUGUGAAAUUUUGUAUACCCAAAUUUGUUUUCAACUUUAAUACUAUCUGUUACUGUAUGCUCUGUACCUACGACGGUACUGAUUUUUUUUUGUGAUAUCCUUGUGCUAUGUCAAUUAAAAAUUGUCCAUUUUAAUUUAGCAUCUAUCUGGUCAAGUGAGAAUUAUUUUGCAACUGCAUAAAUUGCAUUUGAGUUUAUUGAGCUGUACAAUAUUGCUAUAUAACGAUAAUGUGAUAUUAUAGUAUCUUUGCAUUCGUCGGAGCUUACUGUCCCUUGUGUUUUAAACCUGAUCUCUAUUUGAACUUUAAAAAAAAAAAUCAUUUCCCUCAAAGGAUUGGUAAUGACACGCAAUGACCGCGCCCUCUAAUAAGUUUUUAAAACUGUUUUGAGUACUUGCAUGUGUUAACCAAUUCUAUGCGGUGAUAUAAUAAUAGAAUUAGAUAAAAACAUUUGAAGAAA